AUGAGACUGAAAGAAGAAGUUCAUUGGUUAGGAUCCACUUCCGGCAUUCGAAAGGUCGCAGCCGUGAAGCCGCCGCGACCGCCAGUGGCGCCUCUGGCGGUGGCCGCGGUAACCGCCGCAGCAGUGGCAGCCAUCCUCGCUCCUCCGUGUGCGGCCAUCACCAUCUCGCCUGUGCCUGUGCCCGGGGCGCCCCCGAAGGAGCCGCGCCACAUGGUGGGCCGGGCGCGCUUCCUGCAGGGCGAGGAGGCGCGCCUGGUUCGCAGCGCCGCCACAGCGGGUCCCAACCUGUACUCGCCGGCAGUCGUCAGCGCGCCGGCCGCCCAGCUAGACAGGGUGCGCGCCCCCUACGACUACUACCCCAAGUACCACCCCUCGGCAGCGGGGUCGCCGGCGGGGGACGAGGACCGCCUCGACAGAGCGGACAACUGCCUGGACGACAGAGGUGGCGGUGGGCACAGCCACGGUCCAUGGCGCCCUGGUGGCGGCGGCACCAGCAGCUGGGGCCACGGCUGGGGGCAGGCUGGAGGCGCCACCUGGUCUGGCGGGGGCGGCGCUGGGAGUGGCAGCUAUCCUGGUGGGGGCGGCCGCCCCCAUGCCGGGGGCGGAGGCUUCUCCGGUGGGCCGCGGCCCGGCGAUGGCGGUGGGAGCUUUCCCCAUGCCGGCUUCCACCCUGGGGGCGGCGGGGGCUGGUACGACCAGCGGCCCAGCUUCCACCCGAGCAGUAGCGGCGGCGGCUAUCCCAGCGGAGGCGGGGGCUCGUACCCCAGCGGUGGCGGCGGGGGCUACCCCAGUGGAGGCGGUCACUACCCAGUUCCAGGUGGAACCCACCACGGGGGGGCAGGAGCGCGACCUCACGGUGGUCGCUACCCCACAGGGCCCGUUUAUCCUAGUGGCGGUGGUGGUUAUCCCGGGUACCCUGGAUAUCCGAGUGGGGGUGGAAGUUACCCUAGUGGAGCGGGUCACGGCGGUUAUCCUAGUGGUGGUGGUGGCUACCCUAGCGGGGGUGCUGGAUACCCCAGCGGAGGCGGUGGCUACCCCAGUGGCAGUGGAGGUUACCCCAGUGCCGGGGGCGGCUACUACCCAAGUGCUGGGGGCUGCAGUGGGCGAUGCCGCCCCACUCACCCCACUGCCGGUACGGGCGGCAGCAGCGGACCACACCUCGGAGGGGGAACCGUCGGGUUUUAUGGAAGACGGAAGAAGAGCCACUGGUCUAAAUAAAUGCACGACCUGUCUCUCUCAUACUCAGUUCUCAAUGUACUUUUAUCUGGACUCCAUCUCUGCAGACUAUUCUAAAAAGGGGCAAGGCAUUGCCAUUACCUGCCAAGUUCCGUGAGAAUUAAUCGUAUUUUAGC